AGCCGACGACUACAUUCACCAGGAUGCUGGAUUACAAAUGCAAACGGACACGGGUCAUGCAGCGUCAACAGAGGGAGUUGGUAUGCAACAGUUUGAUGUGCCUGAUAUUGGAAUGCUUCAUGGCAACGGGAGUGGGGAAACAUUAAAGGCAUCUACUGAAGAGAUUCAAGAAAGUGGUGAUAAUUCUGGAGAACAAAAGGAAUCAACGGAAUACAUAGUUCAGUUUCCUAAAGACGCCAACUCUGACAAAUCGCCAGUCGUAUCAGCGAACUCCACCGACAUAGCAGAGGUCCUAGCUGAUAUUUCUCACACAGGCUUCUCUUCGGGCCCCUCUCAUGAUAAGAGUGUUGUACAGCAUGAAGAUCGUUCUGUUUUUUGAGAUAUCGCACAAAGUUGGUGAGAAUAUGAUACCUUUAUCUCAGUUUCUCUUGCCCGACGAGCUGCUUCCAAGCCAAACUCCCGAAAGACGAAUAGUUUUGCAUCCAUCAGUGGCCCGGAAUAGGCGUCCUAGUAAAUAUCAAGUUUCCCCUUUCAUGGAGGAUUACGACUCUACUUCAGGAAAUUAUUUAUAA